CCCAUCUCUCCUAACGUUCUAACGCGCAUGUGCGGUAAGCGCUGGAUCCUGGCACGACUUCUCAUAUAAAAAGGCAGGGUAACGAGUCAGAGUUCGUAAGAGAAUAGGAAACCAAUGAUUCCCAUAUGUCCAGUAGUCUCCUUCACCUAUGUGCCCAGCCGGCUAGGUGAAGAUGUCAAAAUGGCCACCGGCAACUACUUCGGCUUUACCCAUGGAGCUGCGGCGGCCCAGUACAGUCAGCAGCCGGCUGCUGGGGUAGCGUACACCCACCCCACUACAGUGGCCAGCUAUACUGUGCAUCAAGCACCUGUGGCGGCACACACGGUGGCGGCAGCUUACGCCCCUACAGCCGCCACGGUUGCUGUUGCUAGGCCUGCACCAGUUGCCGUAGCAGCAGCGGCUACUGCUGGCGCUUAUGGAGGAUACCAGCCAGCCCACGCUGCCACGGAUUACGGGUAUGCACAGAGACAGCCGGAGGUGCCCCCACCACCACCUCCUGUUACCUCACAGAACUACCAGGACUCCUAUUCCUAUGUGCGGUCCACAGCUCCGGCUGUAGCGUAUGACAGUAAACAAUACUACCAGCAGCCUGUGGUUACACCUGCUGUGGCCGCUGCAGCAGCCCAGCCUCAACCCACGGUGGCCGAAUCCUACUAUCAGACAGCAGCUAAAACUGGAUACAGCCAAGGCGCCACUCCAUACACCCAGACCCAACAAACGCGUCAAGUUACAGCCAUAAAGCCAGCCACCCCCAGACCUGCCACCUCAACCUUCUCCAUUUACCCAGUGUCCUCCGCUGUACAGCCGGUCGGAGCUGCGGCGGGCGCCUCUGUAGUCCCGUCAUACUCUCAGAGUCCCACCUACAGCACCAAUGCAGUCACAUACUCUGGAACGUCAUACUCUGGCUAUGAAGCUGCAGUGUAUUCGGCUGCCUCCUCCUACUAUCAGCAGCAGCAACAGCAGCAGAAACAGGCGGCCGUUGCCGCAGCAGCCACUGCAGCAUGGACUGGCAGCACUUUUACCAAGAAAAUUCCCUUGCAGAACAAAACACUUAAACCUAAACAGCCCCCUAAACCACCACAGAUACACUACUGUGAUGUCUGCAAGAUCAGCUGUGCUGGACCCCAGACCUAUAAGGAGCAUCUGGAGGGUCAAAAGCACAAAAAGAAGGAAGCCGCACUGAAACUGUCACAGAGCAGCAGUAGCAGCAGCGGAGGCGGGAGCUCCACCCGCAGCACACAGAAUCAGCUUCGCUGUGAGCUCUGUGAUGUCUCCUGUACUGGAGCCGAUGCCUACGCGGCACACAUCAGAGGAGCCAAACACCAGAAGGUUGUGAAAUUGCAUACCAAACUUGGAAAGCCGAUACCGUCCACAGAGCCCAGUGUUGUUUCCCAGUCCUCCACCUCCAGUACAGCUGCUCCCAAUAAAUCUGCCAGCUCCAACAUCAGCAGCUCCACAAGCACAUCGUCCAACCUCUCUGCUUCCUCUGUUUCUGCCUCUUACUUAAAAUCUGGCAGCAUGGUCAACAGCAUGGCAGCUUCAGCUUUACAGGGCAAGAGCCCAGUGCCCAACAGUGUCUCGGUCAACAGCACCUCUGUCAAGAAGGUCAACACACCCAAGAUCAACUUUGUUGGUGGAAACAAGUUGCAGACCACUGCUGUUAAAAAUGAAGAAUCCAAGAUGGAGGCUGCUAAAGCAGCACAGUCCACUAUGUCUGCACCACCAGCGGACCAAAAGAAUGAAUUGCCUGACCCUCUGUCACCUCAGUCAGCACUUGCAGCCCUGCAGAGUGAUGUCCAGCCCGUCGGACAUGACUAUGUUGAAGAGGUACGGAAUGAUGAAGGAAAGGUUAUCCGAUUCCACUGCAAACUGUGUGAAUGCAGUUUCAAUGACCCGAAUGCCAAAGAAAUGCAUUUGAAAGGAAGGAGACAUCGACUGCAGUAUAAGAAAAAGGUGAACCCAGAUCUCCAGGUUGAAGUGAAACCUAGCAUCCGAGCCAGGAAGAUCCAAGAGGAAAAGAUGAGGAAGCAGAUGCAAAAGGAAGAGUAUUGGAGAAGACGUGAAGAAGAGGAGCGCUGGAGGAUGGAGAUGAGGCGCUAUGAAGAGGACAUGUAUUGGCGACGUAUGGAGGAAGAUCAGCACCACUGGGAUGAAAGGCGCAGAAUGCCUGAUGGCGGUUAUCCACAGGGUCCACCUGGACCUCCUGGUCUGCUUGGAGUGAGGCCUGGGAUGCCCAUUCCUCAACCACAAGGACCAGUGCCUCCACGUCGCCCUGAUUCCUCAGAUGAUCGUUAUGUGAUGACCAAACAUGCAGCUAUUUACCCUUCUGAGGAUGAGCUCCAGGCCAUCCAGAAGAUUGUAUCAAUCACUGAGCGAGCACUUAAGCUUGUCUCUGACAUAAUCACAGACCAAGAUGCAAGUGCGAAGGGCAAAGAAGAGGACAAAGAAAAGAAAGAGCCUCCCAAAGACAGAGUGCUGAAAGGAGUGAUGCGGGUAGGCGUUCUCGCCAAAGGGCUGCUUCUGCGAGGAGACAAAAAUGUCAACCUAGUCCUCCUCUGUUCUGAGAAGCCAACCAAGAAUCUGCUUACACGCAUUGUGGAACAUCUCCCCAAACAGCUUACGAUUGUAGCUCCGGAGAAAUAUGAGGUAAAAGGCUCCGUCCAAGAGGCUGCCAUUAUCCUUACCUCCUCUGCUGAGCCCAAGAUGCAGGUGACCAUCACCCUCACCUCGCCUGUCAUCCGAGAGGAAAACACCCGGGAUGGAGAUGUAACCUCGAGUAUGGUGAAAGACCCAGCGGACGUCUUGGACAGGCAAAAAUGCCUUGACGCUCUGGCUGCCCUACGCCACGCUAAGUGGUUCCAGGCUAGGGCUAAUGGACUCCAGUCAUGUGUGAUUGUCAUUCGAAUACUGCGUGACCUUUGUCAGCGAGUACCCACCUGGUCUGCCUUUCCUAGCUGGGCUAUGGAGCUGCUGGUGGAGAAGGCCAUCAGCAGUGCCUCUGGACCAAUGAGCCCAGGAGAUGCUCUGCGAAGAGUCUUUGAGUGUAUUUCUUCAGGCAUUCUGCUGUCUGGUGCUCCAGGAUUGAUAGACCCCUGUGAGAAGAAUCCAACAGAUACACUGGCUACCAUGGAAGAGCAGCAGAGAGAGGACAUUACGUCAAGCGCUCAGUUUGCCUUGAGGCUGCUGGCAUUCCGUCAGAUUAACAAGGUUCUGGGUAUGGACCCCUUGCCCCAGAUGAACUCGCGCUUCAACGUACGGAAUAACCGCAAGAGGCGUCGCGACAACAGUGACGGGACUGAUGGAUUCGAAGCUGAAGGGAAGAAGGACAAGAAGGACUACGAGGGGUUCUGAAAUGCACCACAGUACAACUAACCCUGCUCUCCCUUCACCCGUUUCAAAUCCUGUUCAGUCCAGGAAUACAAAAUGUUGUUUCUGUUGACCUCUGUGCAUGCUGAUUACUACUCGUUAAUGUUUUUAAGAUCUGGUAAAGACCUAUUAAUGGCCACUUGGGGAAAUGCCAGGCUUCAUGUCCUUGACACAUAGACUGUGGUCCAUCUCAUUUAUUUAGUCUGGUGUCUCGGCAGAAAGAUUUGAGAUGUGUGCAAACCAAGAGAAGUUAAGCCUAAAGUUCAUGCUCUGUUCAGCAGAUUGGAUGUAAUCAUUCACCAUCUUCAGAUCUCUUACGAGCUUCAGACUAGGCAUUUGUAGAAGUCUGGGCUGCGUACUUGUGUCAGUAUGGAACAGAUUCUUUCUUUAAAGUCUAUCUUAUCCUUCUAGUGCCCCAUGUAAAGUAACUUUGACAUUGGCUUCCUUGGCUUUGCAAAAAAUUGUUUCUGUGUUUUUGAAACUUAUUUUGUUUAGAGACAUUCCUCUUAAAACCACAAGAUCGAAGAUAAAAUGAUUGAUUAAUGCGACGCGCUAGUCCUAUUGUGAUGAAUGUGACAUACUGGAUGUGGAUUUAUACAAGUAUGUAUUUUCCAUUGCUAGUGCAUUCUGAAGGCAGGGUUGGCUUUUAACCAUUUGUACAUUUGUCAAUUAAUAUCCUUGAAACAUCUUCAGAUUCCUUGUUCUUUCUAUAUGCUUAAUGCAAGUGAUGUAAGGCUGCACUUGUCCUAAGUUAGGCUGUAACGUGUGCUCUGACAUUCACAGGCCUCUGUGGUGUAGCUGUAUCACAUUUCUGAAGACACUGACCGUUGAAAUCAGACCUGGGCAAAAUACCAUUAGCAUCUAUCAAUUGUCUCUGUAAGUUUAAUAAGGAAUCUUGUGUUACCAGUCCAUUUCACAUCAGUUGUUCACACAAGGAAGUAUUCAAGCAGCAAACAUUUGUUCUUUAAGGUCAAAUAAUUUUUUUUUUGGUUGGAUUGUUUUUCCUUUAGAAAUAGUAAUUGGCCCAGGUCUGCCUGUGUUUUGUGUUCAUAAUGUUGUAAACCUUAAAUGUGAUCAUAUAACUGUAUGAUCUCUAAUAUAUGAUCAUUUAAUAAGCCUGUAUCUAAUCUUGCAGUAGAUCUCGAGAAACAAAUGCCUGUAUGGUUUUAAAGCCCUGGAAUGUGUUCUUUUUUUUUUUUUUUUUUUUUUAAUGUUCUGUUUUUAUGGAUUUUGUUUUACUGAUUUAUAGAUGCAUAGUUGCUUGCCCUAAUUUUGGUUUCUGAUUCGAGUUUGUUUAAUAUCUGUUGAAGAUGGGAGGGACACAAGUAAAAUAUCGGUGUUGUAACAGCAGAUUGAUGUAGACUUACCCUUUGAUGCUUGUCAUUCGAUGUCAAGGUACUACUGCAUUACAAUGCCUAUAAUAAAGACAUUUCCAGAAUGA